UGAGCUUUGAAAGCAGGAAAAAGUUUCAGAGCAGAUAAGGGCCUAUGGAGAGGAGAUUGGUGUGAUCAGGACGUCACGCUUCUUCUACCCCUCUACUCUCUCUCUCUCUCUCUCUCUCUCUCUCUCGGAAAAUUAGAAAAGUUAAAUUCAUGGUGGGCCUGUUAGUUGAAUUUUGCAGCCAUUUGAUGGCAUAUAUAAUAUAAUACUAAUAUUAGGAGGAAAAGGUCAAAGGGGAACUUGGUAUUUAUCCUCAAAAAGCUUCACGGGGUUAGGGUUUUGUUUGAGCUCUGCUUCCAAUUUCAGCUUCUGGGUUUUGCUUAAUUUCUAGAAAUUCACUGCCUUUGAGCUCCGAUUCUUCAUCUUCCUGGACUUCAAACUCUAGGGUUUGUUUCUUCAUACAGUUUCUGCUAUUGUGGAGGAGUUGUUGAAAGUGGGUUUCUUUGGUUCUGGGAUUCGCGGCGGUGAUGAUGAUGUUGAUCCAUGGGCAGUAGAAGAGUGAAAGUUGGUGCAAAUGAUGGUAAUAAAGUCGUGACCGAGAUGCCGAGCUUUGUUCCUCCAGUACCCACUCCCAAUCCCAGCGUCACAGAGGGGAGCUCCAUUCGUUCAUCUCAAGUUUCAGAUUUUGGAAUUCUCGAGCAAACUCUUGGAUUUCGCAUAGAGGAUGCUGUUGACAUUGGGAGAAGCGCAAUGUUUAAUCAUAACAAGUUAAGUAGUCCGGCAGUGGGAAGUAGUGAUGCCCAAUUUGGUGCUUUAAACAAGCUUAUUCCACUGCAAAAAGAGCCACAGCCCCUCUCUGUAUCUCGUAGCAAUCACGAGAACUGGGGGGAAUCCAAUAUGGCAGAUGGAAGCCCCAGGACUGAUACUUCAACAGAUGACACGGAAGAUAAAAAUCAAAGGAUUGAAGGGAAUCAAAUCACUGGUCUUCUAGCUUCUGAUUCCAGUGACAGGUCAAAAGAAAAACCUGGGGAUCAAAAGACAUUGCGAAGACUUGCUCAAAAUCGUGAAGCUGCCAGGAAAAGUAGAUUACGGAAAAAAGCAUAUGUACAACAACUUGAGAGUAGUCGGCUGAAAUUAACCCAGCUCGAGCAAGAGCUUCAGCGUGCCCGCCAGCAGGGAAUAUUCAUUUCAAGCUCCGGAGAUCAAUCCCAUUCAAUGAGUGGAAAUGGUGCUUUGGCAUUUGAUGUGGAAUAUGCAAGGUGGCUAGAGGAGCACAACAGGCAAAUAAAUGAGUUGAGGGCUGCCGUUAAUUCACAUGCAGGCGACACUGAACUCCGUACCGUUAUUGACAAUGUCAUUGCGCACUACGAUGACAUUUUUAGAAUAAAAGGAACUGCAGCAAAAGCUGAUGUUUUCCACAUCUUGUCAGGAAUGUGGAAAACACCAGCUGAGAGGUGUUUCAUGUGGAUUGGUGGCUUCCGCUCAUCUGAGCUCCUUAAGCUUCUGGUGAAUCAAUUGGAACCAUUAACGGAGCAGCAACUGGUGGGUAUUUAUAACCUGCAGCAAUCAUCCCAGCAGGCUGAAGAUGCUCUGUCACAAGGGAUGGAGGCAUUGCAGCAGUCCCUGGCUGAGACCUUGGCCAGUGGCUCACCUGCGCCAUCAGGGUCAUCGGGGAAUGUUGCAAACUAUAUGGGUCAAAUGGCCAUGGCCAUGGGAAAGCUAGGAACUCUUGAAGGUUUCCUCCACCAGGCUGAUAAUCUUCGACAACAAACUUUACAACAAAUGCAUCGUAUACUGACUACUCGACAAUCAGCUCGUGCGCUUCUCGCAAUAAAUGAUUAUUUUUCGCGUCUUCGAGCCCUCAGUUCUCUUUGGCUUGCCAGGCCUAGGGAGUGACAUGCAUUAGAUUCCUCUCCCUGAAGUUCAUCCUUAAAGCUAGCUAGUCCCGGAACAUAAAUUAGCACCAUGAAGCCGAGGGCCAUACGAUAUAUAUGAUGGACUUUAGCCGUUUGGACAUCAAUAUCCUUCAAGGGUGUGAUUAAGGUGCGUGAAGUCAGAUUAACGUUCAUAGUCACCAUCAAAGUUGUCGGUUGUUGUCACGCAUGUUUGCGUAGAUGUAUUCUAUGUUCAGAACUGUAGUAUGAAUAAUCUGACGAUGUUAGCGAUGUAAUAGAAGUGAGGGAAUAGAAUAGUGCUUACAGAUGUCGAUUUAUAUACCAAAAGUCAGAUGAUAUCGGAGUGAAAAAGGUUUGCAUUUUGUUUUUCUUUGACAUGUACAUAUGAUGUCUCUCGAUGUAUUGGCCUAUAUUGUGUAAUAUUCACCGGAACAGAUUCGGUCACGCGUGGGAAUUCGCCCAAAUUUACUCUUCUUGGCAGUUGGAGAUA